AUGUCAUCUACUACAGAAACGACCAAUUCGCUGGUGGAGCAUACCACUGAACUACAACCAGAAUUCACCUCACAGAAACCAUCUUCAGUAUUGCCCAUUCAGCUGGAUUCCAAUUUGCAGCCAUCGCCCUUGGAAGCAACGCAAAUGGCCACUCCACUCAUUCCUGCAGUCAUUGUCGAGCAACCUACUUUCAUUCCUGCAGCUAUUCAGGAAGUAGUCGUCACUCCAACCAUUUCAGCUCCAAUACAUCAACAGUCACAAUUAAAUAGCUUUGUUGGCUCGUCAGCCUUGGCAUCUCCAUCUAAAAAUGACAAACGUCCUCGUCCUUUUUCCAUCUCAAGUCGCUAUUUGUCGCAUUCGCUUAAAGGAAAUCAUAUCCACCGACAUUCGCCUCGCUCUGCGUCAGCAUCAUUGGCCAUCACUCCAUUUAAAUGCGAUGAUGAUGUAAAUAACACUGUCCAUAUUGCACGCUCUUCAAAUGAUAAUCUCUCUCGCUCAAUGCUUAUGAAGGACUUGCACAAGCCAAAUCAUGAGCAAUUAGUCUCACAAGGCUUAUCGCAUAAGAAUGAUGAAUAUGCAUCUACUGUUACAAAACUUAAUCUACCUUUUUUAGUCUUGAGCAACAAUUUAUUUUUCUCAGGCGAGGGAUUUGAGCCAACAUUGUUUAACAAAUGGUAUCGAAAAAACGGAUGGUAUCGUCCGUUUCACGCAAAAUUUAUUCUUCAUAUCGUUGUAUGGAUUUUUGAAGUUUCUGUCUAUUUUCUUUAUAUAUUAAAGUUUGUUCAGUUGUUUUCACUACGACACAUCUUGUACGGAGUUUCAGGAGCAUUGGUAUUGGCACAAUUGGCAUGCACAAUCAUUACAAUUUCAUUGGAUCCACAAGAUUCUAAAGUCAAGCAAGCGCAUGUUCCUCGUAACAUUAAUUAUAUCAAGCUAACAGGUGUACCUGUGAUUGAUGCUGAUACGCGCUAUUGCCAAAUCUGCCAGGUUCGUGUUGGUUUUCAGACUAAACAUUGCAAGCCGUGCAACAAGUGCAUUGGUGUGUAUGACCAUCACUGUGACUAUCUGUCUACAUGCAUUGGCAAACGCAACUACCGAGUGUUUUAUGUGACAGCAUUACUUGGGACGCUUGCUACAUGGUUGAUGUCAGGCGUGUCUAUUUAUGUCUUUGUGCAGUAUUUUGUCAAUCAAAGUGGAUUUUCAAACGCAGUUUUUGAAGUCUAUCAGCAUAAUACCAAUUCGGACAUGAAUAUUGCCAUGACGGUCCUUUGUAUAUAUAUGGCAAGUAUCAUUGCAUGCACUUGUGCAGCUACAGGUCUAUUUGUGUUUCAUACUCGAAUCAGUUAUAUUGGAAUAACAACAGUAGGGUAUAUUGAAAGUAGAUCGGCUCGGGGACCAGAUUUAUGGCACAUUAGUACCAAAAAGUUUAAAGAAUCACAGCAGAUUGCUCAAGAGUUUUCUGAGCCACAUGACAUGGUAGAGCAUGAAUCAUUUAAUAAUCCAUGGCAUCAUCCUCCCGUAUAA